GAAAAAAGCUAGAAAGGCAACAAUAAAGUCGCGCUUUUAUCAUACAAGAAAUUAUCGAAUCAAGAAAGAAUAAUGACAGGAAUCUUUAAUCUUCUGUGUAUACUCGUAAUCACGAUGUUUACUAUCGUAACCGUAGCAGAUUACUGCAAAAUGAAAUCAUGCAAGGAAAGAAGUCAUACUAUGUGCAAAUACAACUCCUCAAAACCAGCAAAAGAAUGCGGACAAUCAGAAGUUGGCCUUAGUGAUACUGACAAGACGAUUAUAGUAAAUAAACACAAUGAACUGAGACUGAGAAUUGCAUCGGGUCAAGAACCGCGUGGAAACCCAGGUCCGCAACCAGAGGCGGUUAGCAUGCCAAACAUGACUUGGGAUGAAGAACUAGCGAAGAUUGCCCAAAGAUGGGCCAAUCAAUGCAUAUUCGAUUAUGACGAGUGUAGAGAUGUAGAUAGAUUUAGAGUUGGUCAGAACAUAGCCCAGACAUUCUCUUUGGAUGUCGGACAAAAUGAUGCCACUCUGGAACGUCUGAUCUUAUUAUGGUACAAUGAAGUAAACAAUUUUGAUAAUACUAAAGUUGAGAAAUAUGAAUAUAAUUCAAAAGCAGCCGACUAUACCCAAAUGGUCUGGGCUAAAUCAACGGAAAUUGGUUGUGGACUAAUAAAAUAUAUAAACCUAAGGGACGGGGCUAAGAUAACCCUAAUUUGCAAUUACGGUCAAAGUGGAAAUACGAUUGGUCAGGAAGUGUAUAAAGUUAAAAAGUAAAUCCGAUUGACGGAUUAAAGAUGUAAUAAAAGAGUAGUGAUAUACGGAAGAAAAUAGAAAAGCAAAUAAAAAGUUACAAUAUAUAUAUAUGCCUUGUCAGUAGAAAUAGACAAUUACAAUUGUCAUUAAUAAACGAUAUUAAUAAAGAGCAAAA